AUGGGCCCCUCUCGAUCUCCCUCUCCGUCGCUCUCCUCCCCGCCCUCCGAGAUCCGCAUCCUCACCCUCAAUUGCUGGGGCCUCAAAUAUCUCGCCAAAUACCGCCAUGAACGACUGUCGGAGAUCGGCCGUCAACUCGCUCUCGCCGAUCCUCCUCCCCAAAUUGUCGGUCUGCAAGAAUGCUGGACGCAGCAAGACUACGAGAGCAUCCGCCAGCAAACCAGCCACAUCCUCCCCUACGGCAAGUUCUACUUUGGCGGCAUCUUCGGUGCGGGACUAGCCAUACUCUCCAAAUGGCCCAUUGAAGAAAGUACCAUGUACGCCUACCCAUUGAACGGCCGGCCUACUGCCUUCUUCCGCGGCGACUGGUUCGUCGGCAAGGGCGUCGCCUGCGCGCGCAUCCGUUUCGGACCAGGCGUCGGCGACGUCGCAGAGGUAUUCUGCACGCACCUUCACGCCCCCUACGAACGAGAGCCCAACGACUCGUACAUCUGCCACCGAACGGCGCAGGCGUGGGAGAUCGCCAAGCUGAUGCGUGGCGCGGCGGAGCGGGGACAUCUCGUCAUCGGACUCGGUGAUUUCAACAUGAUCCCCUCGAGUUUUGCGCACCAGCUCAUCCACGCGCAUGCGCCCGUCCGCGAUGUCUGGCAGGUCCUGCAUCCGGACUCGUCUGUUGGUGCCGCGAUCGACCCGCCCGAGCAGAGACGCAACAGGCCCGUGCCCACGGCGGAGUUCAACCUGGUCGAGAACGGCGCCACCUGCGACGGCAAGUUCAAUACCUGGCGGUGGAGUAAGGAGGAUCGCAAGCGUCUGGAGAAAGGAGAGGAUGUGGUCGUCGAUAAGGACGCGCCCUGUCCCCGGGGGAAGAGGUUGGAUUACAUCUUCGUCGGGGACGGCGGGUACCCGCCUGCCUAUCCCGCUCCGCGGUGGUCGGUCCAAUCCGUCGGCGUGGGCAUGACACAGCGGCACCCGACACUGCGUUGCUCGCUGAGCGACCACUUUGCCGUUGAAGCUGUCAUCAGCCGGAUGGCCUCUCAGACAACAGAACCGAAGGAAGCUGUGCAUCCCGUAUCCAGUGCCCCAAACGCCAGCUGUACGCCGGACACAUACGACCGCAUAAUAGAAAUGAUUGCCAAGUACGUCCGCCGCGAACGCUCCCAGCGCCGCUGGCGCUUGGCCCAUUUCGUGGCGUCGGUUAUUGUCUCGAUCGGCUGCUUUGUUGGGUCCUGGUGGACCGGCGACCAUCUCCCGUAUGUGGCCUUCAUCUUGUGUCUGGUGAGUACGCUGAGCUUCGGGGCGGGUAUCUUGGAUGGGCUGAUUGGGGGUUUAUUUGUGUCGAGUGAGUUGCGGGCGCUCAAGGAGUUUGAGUGGGAGGUACGCAAUGCGAAACGCAUCGUUGAGCAAGCGGGUGCCCGGGGAACGACCAAGAUUGAGGAGAGUCCAUGA